GGACGUGCUGAGCUGGACCCUGUGAUAAGACUCGCACCAAUCGAACUGGCAACGCUUGCUCGGUUUUAAGAUGGUCUCCGUUACUAGGGCAUGAUACACAUACAUAGUGGAAAGCCUUGAGAUAAAACUGGACGAAGGCCCUCGUCCGUACCGUAUCGGACACAUAUCAUAAAAAUUUUCAGGUCUGCAUUGAUUAUACGACUGGAGUCUUGUUUACUUUUCCUAUCCGGAUAAGGCUGCAAUUGAUAUUCACAAAUCCUGAAAGCGUGUUUCGAAAAGAUUAAACCGAAUUGUUUAGUAACCGCCAGUUCUAGCGUUAAACCGUAACCAUGGAACGCAGCUGGAAAUUCUUCGCUUUGAUGUUUGUUCUGGCUGAAUGGAUCGAACCGGGAGACUUUGCGCUGAACAACCGCAACCACAUAACAUAUGUCAACAUGCCCUACGAAAUAAAAAGAGAAAAUAAUCUAACCGUCGUUAAAUCGGAACCUCCUCCACACGAGCUAGUGGCCAAAAUGGCUCGCUAUAUCGUACACAAGAGUGACUGGACCGCACUUGCCACCAUUUCGACCCACGCUCCCAUCGCAGGCUAUCCGUUUGCUAAUAUUUUCUCGGUAAGCGAUGGACCAGUCCACAUUUCAAAAGGGGUCCCUUAUUUUUACUUGACGGACAUGGAAAUAUCUGUUCAGGAUUUAAAAGAAGACUCAAGGACGACAAUCACAAUGAGUUUAGCUCAAACUCAUUUCUGCAAAAAACACCAGUACGACCCGGAAGAUCCUCUUUGUGCUCACAUUAUUCUGACGGGGAAACUCGUUCGCGUCACCGAUCCCAGCGAAAAGAGCUUUGCACGAAAAGCGUUAUUCUCUCGACAUCCGGAAAUGAAAGACUGGCCAAAAGAUCACGGUUGGUGGUUCGGGAAAUUAGUUAUCAGUAAAAUCUGCCUUCUCGAUUACUUUGGUGGUGUAAAGGACGUCGAUCUAGCCGAGUACUUCGCCACCAGUCCUUUGUGAAUUAAAGAAAUCGUUGUAACCUUAGAAUAGAAGGCUCAAAAUUGCAAUGUUAAUAAAAGCUUCGAAAAAAAAUUUAACAGGGUAGGCAAAUAAGGGAUUUGUUCACAGAUCCUUAAUCGUCAUCAUCCAGGCCGAACUCGAAUGAGAUCUGUUGUUUCAAAAUGUAGAAGUAAACGCUCACUCACACACGCACGCAAUUCACACACAAUGAACCACAGGGGUUUCCUACGGAGAUUGACUACUUGUGCUGUAUUUGCAUCCAUCCGACAGCAGAAGACACGGGACUACUUUGAAUUGCAAGUAUCUGCACGCCGCCAAAAUUGUGAUGCACGGCACUGUUCGUCCAUUAGACAUGUUCGUCUCGGUUUCACACUA